CAAAGGUUAACAGUGAAUUGAACACAUGGAAAACCUUUUGACAUUAUCGACAUUACGUUUAGAGAGUAUUUCUGCAAAGCUUCAUACGGCUCUUCAAAACAAAGACCGACCAUCGGUUAUCAGUUUUCUUGCAUCGCUCUUUCAAAACCUUGGAUUUCCGAAUGAUGAUGUGUUUAGUGUUUUGGCGUUUGGGGAGAAACCAACUGUCGUGGAAUUAACCGAUAGACAAGAUGUUAUCGUGCAUAUUGCUGCUCAGAUUUAUCUUGACGCUGGGUUGACGCUUCAAGAAUUAGAAAAUACCGUUCCGUCUCAAGCGAUCCCUUACAUUCUCCUUGCCCUCAUAACGAAUGAAAGGGCCGUAACGGAUACCACGCACAACCCAUUCAUCCUCAUCAGUCGAUACCUAAUCCGAACCAUCACCCAAACCAACACAGAACCAAAUGACCGAAUCAUCCCACACACAAACCUACUCAAAACUUUUUUGGAUGAAUCUCGAGAUACGACUGUGAUUUGUCAAUUAUCGUCUGAAUUGGGGGAAUAUUGUUUUUGUAUUGAUGAGUUUGGGGAGGCUAGGCGGUUUUUGGGACGGGCUUUGGAUGCUUUUGGAUCAUCUAAUGAUUCAUUAUUCUGUACGGUUGAUCGGAAACGACUCGAAGAUUUGAUUAGGGGGUGUACUUCUGUUAUUGAGCGCAAGAUUAGUUUACCUCAAGAUGCAUUGGUAACGUCCAUGGAAGAUACAAAUGAAGAAAAGAUAUCAAGUGCAAUACAAAAGACGAGACCCUUUCAGCUAUUUCAUAAUGAUCCAAAUCUACGCGUUUACUUUGCGCUCCUAACCCAAAUAACGGAAGACGAUGUAGACCUCUUGCGAUCCGUACGAAUGGAUAUAGCACCCCAACGACAAGUAACACUCUUACUAACCCAUCUCAAAACCGUAUACGAAAAGAACGACAUCCACCUUGCCGAAAAACUCUUGGGUCACAUCCUCGAACUCGCUUCAACUUUUUCUCUUGAUACCAUUCAAUUGACAUCUGUAGCAGAGAUGGGACAGUUGUUGCAACUGGAGCGGGGUGAGAAGACUCCUGUUGUUGUUGCGGCGGUUUUGGAGCAGGUUUAUAUGCAAUUGAGGUCGAGUCAGGUCUUACCACGGACAGACUUUAUGAAACGAAUCUUUGCCUUGUUAUUACGAGGACGAUAUGAGCAUACCAGUGUCCUAUUACAAGAUUUUGCUGCACGGUUAUUGAACAUGUUGCAACAAGGGGCCAUUACCGAUGUUGAGCAAGGUGGAAUGUUGUGUUGUUUAUCUCAAAUGGUUUCUCAAUGUUUCCAAAUCAUGGAUGCCAUGGCGCUUGGACAAGACAGUACCGUCUACGACGACAUUCCGCUCCUUGACCGCAUCACUAAAGUCCCACAUCUCAUUGAACAGCUCAAAGAAACAGGAUACGUCCUAGCAGCUGCUGUUGGUGACCAGAAUAUCUCUACGGCGCGCAUUCAUUUCGUGGAUGUGUUAAAAAAGAGUGGGGAUAUCCGGCUUUUAUGGGGUGUUGGUGGACUUGUUGCUGGUGUUGUGAAUGGAUUGUUGGGGAAUGCCAAGAUCCAUGUUGGGCAUUUUGGGGCAUUUGCUUAUAUAACAGAUUCCGAAGCUACCCAUGAUCCUCGUUUUGUAGACAUUCUCCCACGCCUCAAGACACCUACACCCAGUUCAUCCCACCUUCUUCGACCGGAACUGGUACCCAACAUUCUUGAAUUCCUGAAAGGCGUGUAUAUGACGAUACGACAUAUGGAUCCUUUUGAUGAGCGUGUGGUGGGUGCACUUGGGGAUGUGUAUUUUGCUUGUGGAGCGGUGCGGGAGGCGUUUUGUUUGUAUGUGAUGGGACUUGAAUGUUCUUCUCGAGGGUUUACGAAUAUCCCACAAAUCCAAUGGUACCACCUCCCAAGACUUGUUCAAUGCGCCGAACAAUCCAACGAAUACCUUGUUGCAACCGUUUUCUGCCAAUUAUACCCCACCCUUGCUAUUCAGCGCACGCUGGGGUUAUUAACUAAAGCCUUAUCAGUGCGUCCACAACAGUGGAUUGUGGAGGAUAAAGGCCCUGUAGAGGGUGUUGUGUCUGUGUUUUGGGAUGUGGUGGUAUUGGAGUUUGCUAUAGCGUACUUUAAAUCAAGAAACGAAUCAACGACUGUCGAUUUACUCCUUCGUGUCAUGUCUCGCCCGGAACUCGCACCGUCUGCUGAAGCAACCACCCGUCAAGCAUAUAUACAUUACGUUCUUGAACCGUUCUUAAAGGCGUUGGUCAAGUCUUGUCAGCGUGUUUUGGAUUGUAUGUUACGGGAGUGAAUCUAUAUUUGUAUACCAUUCCA